AUGUUUUUAUUCAACAGUGAUGAUGAGUCAACUACGGACACCUUAUCAGUCGUCAACAAACGUUUUCAAUGUCCGCACUGUCAGAAGGCCUUCCGGGUCGGUUUCCGCCUCUCCGAACAUGUGAAGAUGAUGCAUAAAGGCGAGUUCCCCCUCCACUCUGUCCACUUUCAAUCUGCACUGUUGGUCACUACAGCUUACUGUCGCCUCCUUUCUGCUUCUCAUCACCAGGUGAACGGAAAUACUGCUGCAGACCAGUUGAAUGAAUCUUCAGACUUCAGCGAUCUGCAGUGCAGAGCCUGCGGCAGCGUCUUUGAUACUCUGGGAGACCUUCGAAGGCACGAGAAUACCUGUACCAGAGUCUCGAAGGCGAUAACUGGCUCUGUGGAUCGUUUUUGCUGCAACGAAUGUGGCAUGAUUUUCGUUCUCGCUUCAGCCCUGCGCACUCACCUCUCGUCUGUGCAUGAAAGUGAGUCUCCGCUUCCCCUUUUUGUCCUAGCGUUUUAUCCGGCAGCCGUGUCUGACUUCUUCUUAGAUCCUUCGCUUUCUGCCCUCCCUCUCUUCACCCUCCACUGUCACUUGGCGAAUAGCGUCGGUACGGGCACUCGUGUUAGUUCGUGGUAUAUGAUAGUAGAAGAUGACUAG